CUUCUUAUUGUUCUCAUCAGCGUCGCGGUGGCAGUGGCAGCACUGAUGUCCCCUCUUUCUCAUCUCGGCUGGACAAGAUGUUUACAGCAAGUUCAAAAAUAAUCAAAGCUGGAGGGUCAGAGCCUGACCCCUUCGAGGUGUCAAUCUCUCAGGCACUGCUGGAGCUGGAGAUGAACAGUGAUUUAAAAGCCCAGCUUCGGGAACUUUACAUUACCAAAGCGAGGGAAAUUGAAUACAACAACGGCAAGAAAUCUAUUGUCAUCUACGUUCCAAUCCCACAACUGAAGUCGUUCCAAAAGGUUCAGAUUCGGCUUGUCCGUGAAUUGGAGAAGAAAUUCAGUGCCAAGCAUGUCGUCUUCAUUGGGGAGCGCAAGAUCUUGCCUAAGCCUACAAGGAAGACACGCACAAAAAACAAGCAGAAGAGGCCUAGAAGCCGUACACUAACUGCUGUCUACGAUGCUAUUCUUGAGGACCUGGUCUACCCCGCUGAAAUUGUAGGAAAGAGAAUACAGGUGAAGAUGGAUGGCAAACAACUCAUCAAAGUCCACUUAGAUAAGAACCAGCAAACUAACAUCGACCACAAGCUGGACACAUUUGCUUCAGUCUACAAGAAGUUGACAGGGAGGGAAGUGAAAUUCGAGUUCCCAGAACCGUACUUGUAAAGUUUUUUUUAUCACAUUAACAUGUUAAAAUAAAAACACCUGUGGUGGA